UUCCUCCUCUAUUAUCUCCCAAAAGAAAAUAACACGGAGCACGCGUUGUUGAAUACAUAGGGCUGCUUCAAGAUACGGCAUCAACAAGAGCAUCAAUUUGCAAGAUCAGGGCCUACUCUCAAUUCUUUCCCAACGAGACUGUCGCAUCUUUCCUCGCGUUCUAGGUUUGCGUGUAGGGACGACGAGCUGUCAGAAAUACCUGUUUCAUCAGGUUGGUAUGGGCGGUGCGGGAUCCACCUAAAUGGUCGCAUUCUACACUGCAGCGCGGCUUACCAUGGAGCGUCCUUUGGAAUAAGAAAAUGGAAAAUAUACCCAAAAUAUUCACAUGAAUACCUCUCAAAUGUUACUUGGCUAUGAUUAGGUGGACGAAUAGGAAUGGUAAAACAACAACAUUCCUACAUUGGGGAGAGAUGAAUAGGUAUAUCGACGCGUUUAUUUGACCGCUUCCCGCCCUCGUCUAUGGUGUAUUGACCCCAAGCGCUGCCAAAUUUCAAGCAACCCAAUGAGAUCGGGAAUGAUUUCCCAACCCCCCUAUAUUGCCCAGUCUGUGGAUUGCUAAAUGACCAAAUAAAACAAUACAAAGCAACAACCAUACGCAUAUGCCUUCUCAAAGCGCCAACUAAACGGCAAGAUAGGAAAGUGAAAUAUUCAGUCCUGCGGUCAGCAAAAACCUCUUGAAUUGCUAUGAGCUAGCUGAAAGGAACGCUUUAGCCAGCCUUAUCGAAAUCUUUGGCAUUAUGUUGUCUUUGAAUUCGGAAACGUUGGCUUUUCAAACAAAUGAGCGUACACAAGGGCAACCCUCAUAGUUGAUGAGGGAGAAGACAAUGCUCCCAGAACUCUAUUCCAAGGCAGUAUAUAAGAUAAAGGGCAAAUGUCAAAACUGAACCUAUUAAUGGUGAUUCAUAUAGCAGCUGCUGAUUGGCUUGGGCGAUCCCGCGCAUUUUUCCAUAAUAACAGCACAUUGAGUCUUCUUGAGAAAACUUCCUCGUUUCUCUACUGGUGGAUCAACCUUGGGACACGACAGGGGUCUGCCGAACUCAUCGCCAUCGACACAUCUCAGGCUACUGUUGUUAUCUCUUCCGGCCCCAGCACAGCUCGUACUACAAAGCUUGCAGACGACCUGUUGGUUAAUAUGCCGACCUACUUUGGUAGCUAG